AUGUUGAAAUGUUCUCCACUAUGUUUACAGGAAGGAGAAGAAUGGUCAGUGGGCGAAAAAUGUGUCAAGUACAAAUGUGUCAAUGGCGAUAAUGGACUUCAGAAAAUAAAGCAGGAGUAUGAAUGUGAUAAAACGUGCUCUCCUAAUUUCCGUUAUGUGGAACCAUCACCCGGUUCUGAAAACUGCUGUGGACACUGCAAUCAAGUUGCAUGCGAAGAAAACGGAAAUAUAUACGACAUUGGUCAGCGCUGGACUUCCGAAAUUAAAAAAUGCUACGAUGCCGAAUAUGCCGAAAUAAACGGUGUAAUUCAAAUAGUUCACACCACCGUGUGUAAGUCCAACAUCGAGAAUUGUCCAAAGGAUCAAAUCAUUCUGGACGAAACUGGAUGCUGUCAAAUAUGUCGUCUUGAAUGCAACCCUCGAGUGGUUCCUCCAGAUGAUACGAAUCGAAUGUUUUACUUUAAUGACAAAAAAGGAAACUACUGUUACAAUACUUAUCCACUUCAUAAUGUAACGGUGGGUUCGGGUAAAUGCUUAUCAGAAGUUCGAUAUGAUUAUGCGAGCAUCAUCUUUUUAGUUAUGUUACCGUCGUCGAAGUGUAUUUUGUGCAUUGCGAGCAUUGCAAUCUUAAAUGAAGCGAUUGAAGCAGCUUUUGAUUUAGUCACGGACUUAGAAGGAGAAGAAUGGUCAGUGGGCGAAAAAUGUGUCAAGUACAAAUGUGUCAAUGGCGAUAAUGGACUUCAGAAAAUAAAGCAGGAGUAUGAAUGUGAUAAAACGUGCUCUCCUAAUUUCCGUUAUGUGGAACCAUCACCCGGUUCUGAAAACUGCCGUGGACACUGCAAUCAAGUUGCAUGCGAAGAAAACGGAAAUAUAUACGACAUUGGUCAGCGCUGGACUUCCGAAAUUAAAAAAUGCUACGAUGCCGAAUAUGCCGAAAUAAACGGUGUAAUUCAAAUAGUUCACACCACCGUGUGUAAGUCCAACAUCGAGAAUUGUCCAAAGGAUCAAAUCAUUCUGGACGAAACUGGAUGCUGUCAAAUAUGUCGUCUUGAAUGCAACCCUCGAGUGGUUCCUCCAGAUGAUACGAAUCGAAUGUUUUACUUUAAUGACAAAAAAGGAAACUACUGUUACAAUACUUAUCCACUUCAUAAUGUAACGGUGUGUUCGGGUAAAUGCUUAUCAGAAGUUCGAUAUGAUUAUGAUACGGAUUACUUUGACGGAAUGUGUAGAUGAUGCGUGGCAAAAGAAACUGUACCAAUGUCAAUAGAAUUUGAAUGCAGGGAUGGUUCAUUUCUCACCAAACAAUAUCGUAAACCUGUGUCGUGCGAGUGCACAAAAUGCAAAGGGUUGAUUCACGAGGAAGAAAUUCUGGAAAGAACACCUUCGAGUUAGCGCUUU